AAUUUCAAUAGCAAGCAGUACCUAAUUAGAAUUUAAGAAGAGUAGUAGAUAGGAAAUCAUGAAUGGCGUCGUCUGUUCUAGCUGCAUUUAGUACCCAAAUGAAUCUGAUUUUCUUGCUCCCUUGGCUGCUUGUUCUGUCAAACACCCUUGUGGGCGUCAAACCAGUCAUCGCUCAACUGAACUACUUUUGUCCAAAUACCACCGGUAAUUAUACAGGUGAGAGCAAGUAUGAGUCAAAUCUUAACCGCUUGCUGUAUAGAUCACUGUACAAUGACGGUAGCAAUUCCAUCUAUGCAAAAGCCAGUAAAGGAGAAGACCCUGAUAAAGUUCAUGGAGUAUUCCUCUGUAGAGGAGACGUUGCACCUAAAGACUGCCAAAACUGCAUAGAUGUGGCAACUGACCAGAUCCUGCGCGUAUGUCAGCCCAAGAAACGGGCAAUUAUAUGGUAUGAUGAGUGUUUGGUCCGCUAUUCUAAUGUACCUUUCACGUCCACGUUAGACCUCGCGGGUGGUCUGGUCAUGAUUAACGUAGAAAACAUUUCACAGCCAGAACAAUUUAAGGGGAUUUUGAUUGCAAUGUUUAAUAAUCUUACCACUGAAGCUACUUCCGUCAAUAACAAUCUGAAAUAUGCUGCAAAUUCUGAGGGAAUUAGCCUGUCUCAAGAGUUGUAUCGAUUGUAUGGCAUGGUGCAGUGUCUACCUGAUUUGUCAGCUGUAGAUUGUCUUAACUGCCUGAGCACGGCUUUUGGUAAUACUCCGUCUGACCCCAUAAGAAAGGGAUGCAGAGUUCUAUUUGCAAGCUGCAAUUACAGGUAUGAGCUCUAUCCAUUCUUAAGUCCUGGUGGACGGGGACUGGAAGCACCACCACCAUCGACCAGCGGGAGCCAGAUUAACAAAGACGAAGGCGGAAAUUCUUCAAAGACAAAGCUUAUUAGUAUCAUCAUAGGUGUUAUAGCACUUUUGGCUGUUGUCCUCUCAGGAACUAGCUUUUACCUUGUGAAAAGAAGAAGACAAAUAGAGAAAGAGGCUGAUGAAAGUAGUCAAGAAAUUCAAUUUCUUAACACGGUAGUAGGAACACUUGGUGAAGACUUUCCGAAUGAUGAUUUUCACUCCGAAAACCAUUCGAGGUCCAAGGAGUUUCCAGUUGUGAAAUUAGACCUCGUUCGUGCAGCUACAGAAAAUUUUUCUGAAGAAAACAAGCUUGGAGAAGGUGGAUUUGGUCCAGUGUACAAGGGAACACUAGCCAAUGGCGUAGCAAUUGCAAUCAAGAGGCUCUCUAGAACGUCUGGUCAAGGACUGAAAGAGUUCAAGAAUGAAGUAGUCUUAAUUGCUAAAUUACAACAUAGAAAUCUCGUGAGGCUUUUGGGUUGCUGCUUAGAGGGAAAUGAAGCAUUGCUUAUCUAUGAGUUCAUGCCCAACAAAAGCUUGGACUUUCUUUUUCUAGAUUCAAGAGAAAAUGAGAUUCUGGAUUGGAGAAAACGCCUCCACAUUAUUAAGGGAAUAGCUAGGGGUAUUAUGUAUCUGCACGAGGAUUCUCGACUAAGAAUCAUUCAUAGGGACCUAAAAGCUAGCAAUGUUUUGCUGGACAAAGAUAUGAAUCCGAAGAUAUCUGACUUUGGAAUGGCAAAGAUGUUUAGCGGAAAUCAACGUGAAGCCAAUACAAAUAGAGUUGUUGGAACCUAUGGAUAUAUGGCCCCUGAGUAUGCUAUGGAGGGGCUUUUUUCUACUAAAUCAGAUGUUUUCAGCUUUGGUGUUCUGGUGCUUGAGAUAGUGAGUGGGAGGAAGAACACUGGCUAUCUUUCCGAAGAUGGUCAGAGCCUCCUUAAUUUUGCAUGGAAAUUGUGGCGUGAAGGACAUGGAUUAGAGCUUAUGGACCCUUGCUUAUCGCAGUCCUGUGUGGCAGCUGAGAUAACAAAAUGCAUCCAUAUUGGAUUGCUCUGCGUUCAGCAAGAUCCAGCAGAUAGACCUACCAUGUCGUCUAUAAUAUUUAUGCUAGAAAACGACCCUCAAACGCUUCCACAACCAUCACAGCCUGCAUUUUCCAUUGGGCGAACCGUCAUGAGACCAGCUGAGCCUGAAUCUAAUGAUCAAUUGUGUUCCGUUAAUGAGGUCACUUUGUCAAUUCUAUCACCUCGAUGACCUAUGGACGGUUAAUUCUUCCACAAGGGGUUCUUCUGUUUGCAGAGAAUGCAGGGAUUUCAUACAAAAAAUGUUAUCCUACUCUAAGUUAAACUCUAAAAUUAUUUUUCUUCUUCAGUUCCUUCGUGACUUCUAUCCUUCUAUCUUUAAUUAGUUUAUUACUAUUAUUUUUAUUCUGUUGCAUAUAUUUCGA